UUAUAUCUCCCCUUAAACCCGGCCUCUGCUUCUUGGUACUGCAACUCCCCUUUUGCCUUCUUUCUCUGCAUUUUCAACCGCAACCAAAGAAGAAGAAGAAGAAGAAGAAGAAGAAGAAGAAGAAGAAAAAGAAGAAGAAGAAGAAGAAGAAGAAGAAGAAUAACCCAACAAUGGUGGGUUUGGAAGUACGCGGAGGAGAUGACCCAUUUCUCGCUCUCUCUGUCUCUGACCCUGUUGUGUUGGAGCUCAAUCGUUUGCAGAACCGUCUCAAAGAAAAGGAGAGGGAGUUGGGCGCUGCACAUAGUGAAAUCAAGGCAUUGAAAGCAACAGAGGUCCUGAAAGAUAAGGCUAUAGAAGAGCUCAGAAAUGAAGUUAACAAAUUGGAUGAGAAGCUUAGAGUCGCCGAAAAUCUUCUUGAGAAGAAGAAUCUAGAAGUCAAGAAACUAACAAAAGAGAAGAAAGAUGCAUUGGCUGCACAAUUUGCUGCAGAAGCAACUCUUAGAAGGGUGUAUGCAAAUCAAAAGGAUGAUGACUCUGUUCCGAUCGAGUCUGUUAUUGCUCCUCUGAAGGCUGACAUUAAAGCAUAUAAAGUGGAGAUUGCUGCACUACAGGAGGACAAGAAAGCUUUGGACCGGCUUACUAAGUCAAAAGAGUCCGCUCUGCUUGAAGCAGAGAAGAUUUUGAGAAGCGCUCUGGAAAGGGCUUUAAUAGUGGAGGAGGUUCAAAACCAAAACUUUGAGUUGAAGAGACAGAUUGAGAUAUGCCAGGAGGAGAACAGAAUCCUUGAUAAAACCAAUCGUCAAAAAGUUCUAGAAGUUGAAAAGCUUACCCAAACCAUUAAAGAGCUUGAAGAGGCCAUUCUAGCUGGUGGGGCUGCAGCUAAUGCGAUUCGUGACUACCGGAGACAGAUUUCAGAACUGCACGAGGAGAAGAGGACCUUGGAAAGGGAGCUUGCAAGAGUCAAAGUUUCAGCAAACAGGGUUGCAACUGUGGUGGCCAAUGAAUGGAAGGACGACAAUGACAAAGUUAUGCCUGUUAAGCAAUGGCUAGAAGAGAGAAGGAUACUGCAGGCAGAGAUGCAACGGUUAAAAGACAAGCUAUCGGUAUCAGAGAGAACAGCCAAGGCAGAAGUACAACUCAAGGAUAAGUUGAAGUUGAGGCUAAAGACCUUGGAAGAAGGCUUAAAGCAUGCAUCAAGUUUCUCUGUCAAUCCCAAAACAUCCCAAAAAACUGAAAAACCCAAUCACUUCUCAAGUUUCCUUUCAAGCAAUGGUGUGCUAAGAAAGCGAUCUACGUCGCAGCCAAGGGCUUCUAGCAUCAGCAGGAACCCUCCUUUGCAGCACCAAAAUGUAGGAAAUGAUCCAGCCAAUGCAGCUGGGGAACCGAAGGGUGUAGAUGGCUUGAAAAAGAACAAUGGUUCUGGGGAAAAUAUGCUGAGAAAAAAAUUGUGGGUGUCUACAAAUAAAGUUGACAGUGGUGGGAAGGAAAACACAGAGAUCAAGGCAAACACAGAUGGUGAUCCUGCCGUCUCCACAGAAGUUAAAGCCAAAGGAGAUCGUGGUAGUGAAGAGUCACAGCAUAUGGGAAAUACGAAUUCUGAUAUGGUUUCUGGGUUUCUGUAUGAUAGGCUUCAAAGAGAGGUCAUCAAUUUGAGAAAGUUCUGUGAUGUGCAAGACAAUAGUUUGAAUGCAAAAGACGAAGAAAUCAAGAUGCUCAUGAAGAAGGUUGAUGCACUGAUGAAAUUCAUCGAAGUAGAAUUGAAGAAAAUGAAGAGAGAAUCUGCAGCCAAGGAAAAAGAAACAGUAUCAGCUAAGGUUGAUGACAACAAAAGGAUUAGAAACAUGAACAGCGCUAAAAGGAUCACAAAAUCACCUUAAAGAAUCAUUGAUGGAAGAAAGUUGGAGUGGAUCAGGAAGGCAUUUGCUUAAUCAGCCAUUACCAGUGAUUUUUAACAUUGUAAAUAUGGAAACAAGAAACAUUUGAGUGAUGGUAGCUAGUUCAAAUAAAGAUCUAAUUCAAUGGAAGGAGUUUGGUUUUUUUUUGGGGGGGAGGUGUUUGGGAUCUGACAUUGUAACAUCAUAGGGAUGAUGUUUAAUUUAUGUUAUUCUGUGUGAGAUUUACAAUGUAUCCAACACUUUUUUUAUCAGUUUGUGUUUCUGAAUAAAUCAUAGUUGCCUGUUAUUU